UAGGUCCUGCUAGUUAGCGCGUUUGCAUGAAUAUUAUUUUGUGUUAUGUACCUUACCAGUUUUGAUACAAACACUACCACCUGCGUGCUUUUUGCAUCAGCUCGAUAUAAAGAAAAGUAAGAAAAAUGUGCACGUAUUUCGUUUAGUUUGAUAAACAGUAGCACAGCUCCGUUAGAGAGAGUUAGCUAACAGUUGUGUAGCUCAGCAGAUGUUCUGCAGCAUGGCUCUGAUAUAUUUCAACAGGUGUUGUAAACGGAGGUAAAGCCAGUCUUUUGAGUUUCGUAAGAAGCUGCAGACUAGUGGGGGGUUUUUUGUGUGUGUUUUUUUUUUUUUUUUUUUUGGUAGUUGCAAUGUUGUUCUCUGUGAUGCCUACUUCACAUAUUUCUCUGUUUAAAAAUCUAAAAGUUUAUAUCUAAAAUUGAACAGACUUGUGUGUUAUGAUCUUCAGCCGUGUGAUAUUGAGCCUCGGGUCUAAGCGUUCACAAAGCGCGUGUUUACAGAGGAUAUGUGCUGUUAAUGAAGUGCCGUUUAGGAGUCAGUAUUCAGUAUCUGUCAGUCAUUGCCAACAAGCCAGAGCUCUUCGCCUCAAGCUGCCAGCACAGCGGUUCAGAUUUCAGGUGACAGCACCGUCCUAUCAUCAUCUUCUCACCGUGUGUGAUAUGCAACCAGCCAGCAUCUCCUACGGAAGAGACACAACGGCAGUUGCAUCAGAUGAGGAUGAUGAGGGUGAUGGUGGUGAUGAAAAUCUGGCAGGAAAGGAGGUCGGAGAAGAGCACAAGGAGCUGAGAGAGGUGGUGAUGACUUCAGGCCACACAGGGACAGUCGGCAUGGAGGUCCAGGAAAGUCCUGCAGAUACUGAAGCUGCCUCAGUGUCCACUCCUUCAGGAUCAAGUGAGAAGAAGACUAGAAGGAAGUUGAGGAGGGAGAGGAAGAAACUGAUGAAGAAAACGCUGAAGUCAUCUGAUACUUCUGAAAACUUAUUGUCAGAGCUCCCAUUUGCUUUGGCCAGCCCAACAACAUGGAAAGCACUAUUCCCCAGCCAAGAGUCAACUAAGAAAAAGAGAAAGAGAAAGCGAGGAGACAGCGAGGGCCGAGUGGACAGUGAGGAAGACGGGGACAAGAAGAAGAAAAAGAAAGAGAGCCAGCGACCCAAUUACUUUGUCUCCAUCCCCAUCACUAACACUCAGAUAAGUUCAGCUGUGAGUGAGGUCCAAGAGGCCGUGCUCCAGCAGGACCCCCGACUGGCCAAAGCUAUGAUCCCUGUCCCAACUCUUCACAUCACGCUUUUAGUCACUCAUCUUGCCAAUCAGGAGCAAGUAGACCUGGCGGCAGCGGUGCUGGCUCAGGUUGAGCCGUCACUGGCUGAGUUGCUGGGUGGGAGGGAUCUGGUCUUGCCCUUCUCAGGGAUAAGUCAUUUCAGGAAGGAGGUGGUGUUUGUCGGACUGGCCUCCGGACAACACAGACACACACUGGACAACUUGGCAGAGUUGUUGCGGAGUCGUUUUGAGGAGCAGGGGCUUCUGCAAGGAGACUGCCGAGGGUUUGAACCCCACCUCACCAUUAUGAAGCUGUCCAGAGCUUCAAAACUCCGAUCUCAGGGUAUAAAGCGUGUGGACCCAGCCCUUUACUCCAACUACACUGACAAAUUUUUUGGAGAUCAGACGGUUGAGCGGGUGGAUCUUUGUUCUAUGUUGAAGAAGAAGCAGCAAGAUGGAUAUUACCACACUGAAACGUCACUACAGCUCG